AUGUACUUGCCUAGGUUACUGGCUUUGUUCUUUGUUGGUAUCAUCGUCUACAGGACGAUCAAAGCCAGAAUUCGAAAGCGUCGUAUCCGACAGAAGGAAGCCCAGCUAGGAUGUCUACCGCCACCAGUAUACAAGUUGACCAAUGGGCUAGGUUUACCAAUAAAGAAGGAAUCUCUCCAGGCAACGAACGAGGAUCGUAAUCCACAAUACAUAAUGGAAACAAUGGAUAGCAUCUCGCCUGACUGCCAUACCGUUCGAGUGCCGAUUUUUGACUAUGAGAUUUUCGUCACGCGUGAUCCCGAAAAUAUGAGGGCUAUAUUCUCGACCCAGAGCAAUGACUUUGACAUUUCGUAUUUCCGCCAGAUGAGCUGGUUGCCGAUGAUUGGAAAGGGUAUUUUCACCACACGCGGGUGGGAUUGGAAGCACUCUCGAUCCCGUCUGAGACCCCAAUUCGCGAGGGAUAUUGUGUCGGAUGUUGAUCGCGAAGAAAGGCAUGUCCAGGCAUUGAUGAAGAGAUUGCCUUCCAACCCAACGACGAAGUGGACGGACAAGGUCGACCUACAGCCCCUUUUCUUCAAUUUCACUCUCGACACGGCAUCCGAGUUCUUGUAUGGACAGUCUGUCCAUUCGCAGCAGGGCACCAAAGAAGGAAUCGAAAUGGCAACUCAUUUCCACAAUGCCAAAAUGGCGGUGCAUAGACGUAUUGAAAUCGACAAGUUUUAUUGGUUGCUCAACACUAGGAAAUUCCGAAAAGCAUGCAGCAGCCUGCAUAAAUGGGUUGAUGGGAUUGUUGCCGCGAGACUUUCACAAUUAAAGAAACAGGAGAAAGUUGGCAUCAACGACGAACCGAACGCCCAACGAUUUGUGCUGCUUGAUGAGCUGGCCAAGGACACUCAAGACUUGAACGAACUCCGUGGUGAAACACUUAAUGUUCUUGUCGCCGGACGUGACACCACUGGGUCUCUCAUAGGCUGGGUAUUUUAUUUUCUGGUUCGUCACCCAGAUGUUUACGCCAAAUUACGAGACAUAGUAAUUAGAACUUUCGGAGCCCAUCCUACUCGCACCAAGAUUGACUUCAAUAUCCUGCGCAACUGCUCUUACCUUCAGCACGUCAUGAAAGAAGCUUUGCGUAUCGCAACGGUCAUUCCGAUGAAUGAAAGAGUAGCGCUACGAGACACAACCUUGCCCGUCGGAGGUGGCGAGGACCGCAAAGGCAAAGUAUUCAUUCCAGCCGGUACACAAAUCCUGAUCCCGACAUAUGCAAUGCAGCACCGAAAAGAUCUGUGGGGUCAAGAUGUUGAGGAAUUCAAACCCGAGAGAUGGGAGACCAUAAAACAGCAACCUGGAUGGGAGUUUAUUCCAUUUGGUGCUGGGGAUCGGAAAUGCUUGGGACAGCAAUUCGCCUUCACGGAGACCGGGUAUGUCAUUGUCAGGUUCUGCCAGAGAUUUGACAGAAUGGAAAAUCUGGAAGAAGGUGAUGGACGAAUUCGACUUCAUCAUGCCAUUGAAAACAGGAGUGGAACUGGCGUGCAAGUUAGAUUGCACGAAGCGAAAUAUGAGUAG